CCUAGACCACCUGCGCCCAGAGGGCUGGUGGGAUUCUAUGACUGGGAGGUUUUUCGGGGGUUCUCCUGGUCUUCCCAGGAACCCAUCAUCUCCCUUCCGUCCGCAGCCGUUGUGGCUCAAGAAAUAUUUGGGGCAGUGGAGAUCUCGACUUUAGCAGCGUGUGGUUGCCGGCCGGCCAGUAUCCCACCAGCCAUGGUCAACCCGCGCGCGAUGUUUCAAGAAGUUGAAGCAGCUCUCACCGAGCAGUGGAAGGGCAAGGUGGCGCGUCCCGAGUUGGACUGGCUGAGCUCGGCCCCCACGCGAUGCCCAACGCCAGAGUUGCUCGCCUUCGGCGACGACCAGGACGCCGACGCGCACAAGGAGAGCUCUUCCGCGCUGCCGAGGGACGGCGACGAGCCAGCGCUCCUCGAGAUGGCGCUGCCUGAGAAGGUCUGCGAUGCCGGCGCCGAGGGUGGCCCCGCUCAGGCGGCUCCGGUCCGAGGCGUUCUGGGAGCAGAAGGUGGCUGCCGCCCGGCGACCGGCGUGCUCGCCUUGGGAGCUGGGCGUGAAGCAGCGCCGCCCGUGCCUCGACGAACGCGGCUGCCUCGGACCAGCGGCGGUCGCAGCGCUGGCCGAAGGAGGCGCCGAGGGCGAAGGCGCCGCUGGCAGCCCCAGGAGCUGGGCGGGCGCCGUCUCCAAGGAACUGCGCCGAGGGGCGCGCAGGCCCGUUGCGCCGCUUGCCCCGCCGCUUGCCCCGCCGCCAGGGUCGCCCUCAGCAGCGCUCGGGGCUGCUCUGAGGUCGCGUGGCCGGUCGUACCGCCCGGUGGGAGCCGGCGGGAGCGGCGACAUGGAGUGAGCUGGAGGAGAGCUGAGGUGCCCUGCCAGCGUCUGGCCGCGUCCAGGGCGAGCCAUGCAUCCGUCUGCCUCAGUGGCAGCCUGGGGCCUGCUGUUUCAGGGUCCAAGAAUUCAUUUUUUUUAAUUGGCGAGCUGUCCUGCUAGCAUCUGGCGUUGCACAGGCAACUACCUCCGAAAUCGGGGGCGGGGAACUCACUCAAUCGCUCAUGCCGUAUGCCAGAGCGCGUGGGCGCAAGAAGAGAGGGCCGGCCAAUCUUUAAAGAGUUGUGCGCUGUAUUGUUUUUGCCCAUCUUUCAGGACCUAGCUAUUAGGUAUUAUGGUGAGAAAGGCGGAUGUACGUGUAGUAUUCUCCCCAGGCAUCUAGCUUGAAAUCCAUCCAUCCUUCUUCUUUCUUCAGUGUGUUCCCAUGCUUCGUCAUAUUUGGAACAUUCGGCUCAAGCUGCCGUCAUCCAUUUAUAAACCAGCACAGCCAUGUCAGGCUGGUUUUGUUGGUAAUCAGUUGUCCAUCCGGCGUCCUCAACUUCACGGCAUUCCAACCGAGUCCUCUACGGGCGCGGAACCAUGCACUCUUUUCUUUUCAUUCACUUGUGCCGUCCUCCCGUUGCAGAGACAAUACCUCCGAAAGCGGGGGCGGGGAAGGACAAGUCAAUUCGUCAUUUGCCAGUGUUUGGACAGUGACCAGGGUGUGCGAUCGCAGAUGCGAGUGAUGACUCGUCGCGUUAGCGGUCCUGGGAUGUGUCUGGCACGACGAUGGGCAAGUAAGGACGCCUUCUGCAUCGCGCAGUAGAUGCAACGCAUGGGUUGCUAUACAAAAUGUCUGCAUCGUCUGGCAUGACGAGGGGCAGACAAGGACGCCUUCUUCAUCGCACCGUAGCCGCAAUGCAUGGGAGUUUCCGACCCCAUGCUGCAAUGCUGUGUAGCAUAGCAGGUAGCAUGUGGGCAGGAUGAGCAAAGAGACGGAGAGUGCGUCCGCAACCCUCGUUGGCUCGUGCGCUGACAAGGGCCCGUGCGCGUCUGCGCGCGCUCCGACAUGGUAGCGGAGCUGCGGUAUGCUUCCUAAGGUCCACCGCAGCUCCAGAGGACCUUCGCCGAGCGGCUCGGCAGCCGCAUUCUCUUCCAGGUCUGGGGCGCCUCAGCACUUGGCCGGCGCCCCCCAGCGCCACCAGCCGCGGCUGCAGCGCCGCGCCCAGCCUGGUGGUGAGGGCCACCCGUCUGCCCACGAUAUUGGCCGGAACGCGAGCGCUGCUCAGAGGAGCCGCCUCAGCGUCGCCGCGUGCCGCGUCGGAACGCGGAGGCCCGGGGCCUUCGCCACCGACGCUGGGCCACCAAGCUGAUCCCGAAGCGCGACCUGGACACUCUGGAGGCUCUGGCGAGCAACAUGGGGCGCGGCGCUACGCUGAUCUGGGCAUCAGUGUUUGGGACGCGCCUUUUCAGGAGAGCAGGAAACGAAUCGCCGCCGCCAGGUCCGAACCGCUGCGGCGUGCCGUGGUGGAAGGCCGCCCGCACAUGGACCAGGAGGAAAGUCUAACCGCGCUAACUGGCACCUAGCCCACCUGCAUCUGGCACCUAGGAUUCAACCCUCCUGGGGCUCUCAUUCACUUGCUGGGGGGCAUGGGAUCUAAUGGAAUUGAACGCGCGAUGGGGGCUAAGAUCGCAUGGAUGGGCUAAGAUCACAUGGAAUCCAAUCUGCUGGGGAACGC